AGAAUUUCUGGGUCUGGCUCAUCAAUUGCUCAAGCCCUGGCCAUCAUUCACUGCUUGGCAUCUACUACUACUGCUCCCUCAAGAACGCCCAUCUCCAGCUGGGACCGUGUCCAAAAUAUCCAGACCCGAAGGAAAGCGCCCUCCGACUUCCAGAAUAACAAACCAUACAAUUCGUUUAGAUCACCCUGACAAAGAUUACUCGAGUUGGGGAUCAUACCUCAAUCAAGUACCUCACCGCCACCAUCUAUCCUUCCAUCCAUCCCCAAAACCAUCACCAAACCCCCGGGGAAAUACCGAGAAAAAAAAUGACAUCCUCCACCUCCCUCCCCCGGCCCCCGGCCACAUCAGAACCAGGCAGCGCCAUCCCCCGUCGCCCCAAAACGGAUCUCGAGCUCGCGGCCGAGGCGUGGCGGUUUGUCAGUCGGCAGGUGCAGAGGGUCCGGGAUCGGCGGGCCACGAAGGCGGCUGCUGCUGCUGCUGUCGGUGUUGGUGGUUUGGAUGGCAAGGGAUCUAAUCAGGGAGAUGAUGAUGCUGGGUCGGUUUUGAGUGAGGCGGUGACGGUGGUGGAGUGUGUAGCUGGGGGGGAGGGGAUGCGGGAGGGGGAGAAGAUGGGGGCCUAG